AUUGAAGAUCAAAAUAAAUAUGGUCGUAUUCCCACGGAUUAGAUUGUAUGCCUCCAAUGUGUCUAUAUUCUGAUCGACGUUAUAGAAGAUAUCAACAAUGAAAUUUAGAAGACGGUCUGCUAGAAAAAACGAUACACUAUGUAUUCUUUUGAUACUGGAAGUCGUCUCACAUGAACUGGUUCUGUCACUGAUGUGUUUAUCCUGUAAUGAGUCCAUUCAGCCUCGACAUUGUCAUAGCAUAGCGUAUUGUGCGGAAGACGAGGUUUGUUUUGUUGAAAGAGUGGCGUCACUUUACGGUGUGAGAUAUAACACAGGAUGUCUUCAGAAACCAGUUUGUCAAAAACAGAAUGAGACUCGGUACGUACACGGAAAUAGCGAUGGUAACUUACAAACUCCGACCUGUACAGAAUGUUGUAGUACCGAUCUCUGUAACGCUCAAGGGUGUGGCGAACCAGGUUAUCCUCCAUUAAGUGCAAGGGGGCCUAUCUGUUUGAAGUGUUCCCAGCAGUUUAACAAUGAAGAGUGUAGAGAAAUAGCUCAUUGCAGGAAUUCUGAGCUAUGCUUCAUUAAGGAGGAAUCUGAAUUUGGUGACCUGGUGUACACAUCAGGUUGUAUGCCGUUUCAGCAAUGCAUAAGCAUAAUAUCGAACACCCAUGCCUUGGUGGACUUAUCGAAUAUGCACCAUUACACAUAUUCGUCAAAACCACAUAUACCGACGUCAACGCCAACAACACGUUUACUGACGACACCGCCAACAACAGCUUUACCGACAACAACAGCGCCAACAACAGAUUUACCGACAACAACAGCUUUACCGACAACAGCACCAACAACAGAUUUACCGACGAAAAAGACUACAGAAUUAGGCUCAACUGGUAUACUUGGCAAGAGGGAGCGUGCUAGAAAGAGAAGGUUUACAUCGUGUGAACACUGCUGUCGUGGUGAUUUGUGCAAUAAUGUCUGCGUACAUUACAGUCAAGUAACUCCCACGCCACACUAUUUCACCGCAUCUCCUGCCGCGUGAUGGAAACCUUCGCAUCAGAAAUUGUAGCGGAUGCAGUUUCUAUUCAAAUGAACAUUUACUACUUAC